GAGUUGAUUUGGACGUACGUCCUUGUAUUGACGUCGAAAGAAAUGGCAAGCCACUCUGUUUUAGUGGUAGGUAUACUCAGGCGGUCGAUACAGUUUUGACUCUCUGUAAAGGCUUUCUCCACUCUGUGUUUGCUUUUCCAAUCCAUCGUGUUUUAGCUGUUCCAGAGGAUGGAAGUGGGCGGUGAAGCAGGAGGUGAAAAUGGGAUAAAUCGACGCCUGAAAAAUGAUUUUCUUCCUGAGUCCUUCCGUGGCAUGGGGAAUUAUGUCAAAGCACUUAGCGAGACUCCGCACCGGUUCAUGGACCAGCUCCUGACCCGAUCUCUGGAGACCACCGAGCUCCAUGAGAUCAAGGCCAGAAGCAACCAUGAGAUGAAGAAGAACCUCACGUGGUGGGACCUCAUCUGGUUCGGCAUUGGUGCCGUGAUCGGCGUCGGCGUUUUCUUCCUCACUGGCCUUCAAGCUAAGGAAGUUGCGGGUCCUGCCAUCAUUCUGUCGUAUGUGGUAUCCGGUAUCUCCGCUAUGCUUUCCGUUUUCUGUUACACCGAGUUCGCCGUAGAAAUUCCAGUUGCAGGUAUGUACGUCAAUUUCUUUUCUUUAUACCUAGCAUAUUAUUACUGC